CUGCGCAGCCAUUGGUGAGUUGUUGACUAGCGUGCUGCAGGCUAUGGCUGUGCAUAGCGCGAUUUUCCUUUAAGUUUAAUGGACCAAAUCUGUCGCUAUAAUUGUUAUAUUCCAUUAUCGUCUCUUUCAGUGGACAACUGUAUUGAGGAUGAUCGGAUGGCGAUUUCAUGUUCUUUGGUAGGAUUCUGUUCGUUCUGGAAAAGCGCCAUUAAUCGCCAUUAAUGCUCCUCCCGCCAUGAAAAUUGAUACGCGAGAGCUGCUUUGAUGAUUGUUUCUCUCUAAAUGCUGCUGAUGAAUCCAAACCCCAAGCUUAGCUGUUAGUCCAGAUUUCGAAAAUGUCGAUUCUCUGUGGAUUGCCGAUACUCGAGUGUGUAUACUGCCUCGGCUGCGCUCGGUGGGCAUGGAAGAGGUGCCUACACAAUGCAGGCCACGACAGCGAGUCAUGGCCGUUAGCCACAGCCGAGGAAUUCGAACCAGUGCCUCGACUCUGUCGAUACAUCUUAGCCGUAUACGAGGAUGAUCUUCGAAAUCCUCAAUGGGAGCCUCCACGAGGAUAUGGCAUCGAUCCGGACUGCUUACUCACGAAAAGGACGUAUAAGGAUACGCAAGGGAAAGUGCCACCAUACUUGAUAUUCCUUGAUCACAAAAACGGCGAUAUAGUUCUUGCCAUAAGAGGACUAAAUAUGGCGAAGGAGGGCGACUACGCGCUUUUGCUCGAUAAUAAGCUUGGGAAGAGGAAAUUCGACGGGGGAUAUGUUCACAACGGGCUGUUGAAAGCCGCGGGGUGCAUUUUGAACGCAGAAUGCGACGUUUUGAAGGAGCUAGUCGAGAAGUAUCCCGUCUACACGCUGACGUUUGCAGGGCAUUCUUUAGGGUCGGGCGUUGCAGCCUUGCUGACGAUCGUCGUAGUGCAGAACCGCGACAGGCUCGCGAAUAUCGACAGGAAGAGGAUCAGGUGCUACGCGAUCGCGCCAGCGAGAUGCAUGUCGCUUAAUCUCGCAGUCAGAUACGCAGACAUCAUCAAUUCCGUUGUUCUUCAGGACGAUUUCUUGCCUCGAACAGCGACGCCGUUGGAAGACAUCUUCAAGUCGAUAUUCUGUUUACCGUGCUUACUAUGCCUGAGAUGCACGAGGGAUACGUGCAUAUCGGAGGCGAGGAUGCUCAAAGAUCCGAGAAGGUUGUACGCGCCCGGUCGCCUAUACCACAUUGUUGAGAGAAAACCUUUUAGAUGCAAACGAUACCCUCCGGUUGUGAAGACCGCGGUGCCCGUGGACGGAAGAUUCGAACACAUUGUACUCUCUUGCAACGCGACAUCCGACCAUGCUAUUAUAUCGAUAGAGAACGAAUCCAUAAAGGCCUUGGAAUUGAUGCGGGAUGUGGACAAUGCGUUAGAAAUUCCUCAGAAGCAGAAAAUGGAAAGGCAGGAAACGAUUGCGGAAGAGCACCGGGAGGAGCACAACGCGGCGCUGCGCAGAGCCGUUAGUCUAUCGGUCCCCCAUGCAUUCUCGCCUGCUCAAUACGGAACGUUCAAUGAGAAAGACGAUAAAGAAUCCGAGGAGGCGGAGGAGGAGGAGGAGGAGGAGAAGGGUGAUUCUUCUUCGAGGAGAAAGAGAAGACCUAGAGAAAAUUGGGAAGAACUGAUCGAACGCCUCUUCGAGAGAGACGAAAAAGGGCAGAGAGUGGUCAAGAAGAACCUCCAUGAAUAUUGAGAAUAUACAUUUCAUUUGGCAAGGUGCGUAUCUAUGAUUCUAUCUAUCUUUUGUUGUCCCGUUCUUGCCUUGUGGAUCUUUUGUUGUCCCAUAAGGGAUAAUCUUGGUUGUGUGAGGAGUGAAUUUGAGUCGAUGAAGUCAUAGGUUUAAACUUUUACCUCUAAUAUUGGUUGUGUGGAGAGUGAAUUUGAGACAAUGAGAUCAUAGAUUUAAACUCUGACGCCUAAUAUGACUAAUUUGCAAAUAUUA